AUGAAGGAGUCCUCUGAAUAUGCAAACAUUAUCGAAACCAUGACUAUCAGACACGACUCCAACGCCAUUGAGGCUCAAAAGCCCACUAUGCAGCCGCCCUCACAGGCGAAGCUGUUUACUCUGGAUGAGAUGAUCAAACGACGUGCUGCGGAGCUGGGAGAUACGAUUUUGAUGGGUGCACCGGAGACGGGUGUUGAUGAUUUCAAGGAGCAUAGUGCUGUGGAUAUCGAUAGAUAUGCUGAUGCAGCUGUUGCGAGACUUCAAAGCCUGGGUCUCGAGCCCGUAGAUCCAACGCUUGAGAAAGCACCAGUUGUUGGUAUGCUGGGCCAAUCAGGCAUUCACGUCGUUAUCCAGAUCAUCGCCCUCAACCGAUUAGGCUAUUCUUCAUUCCUCAUCUCAACACGUCUUGCAAGCCCAGCAAUCACUCAACUCCUCACCCUAGCGGAUUGCAAUGUCAUUCUCACAACACCACCAUUUCACCCUGUUCUGAAGGAAGUCCAGCAAAAUCGCCAACUCGAGAUUCUCCCUCUUCUGCAAAGCGCAGAUAUCUUUCAUCACAAUGCACCAAGAUUCGCCAGACAUUACAGCCCCGAAGCGGAAUCUCGCAAAGUCGCUGUUAUUAUCCACUCCUCCGGCUCAACAGGUCUCCCUAAGCCAAUCUAUCUCACCAACUCAAGCUGUAUCGGCGCCUUUGCAGUCCACAUGAACAUGCGAGCGUUUCUCACAUCGCCGUUCUUUCAUAGCCAUGGCUUUUACGAAGUUUUCCGAUCGAUUUACUCUGGCAAACCAAUUUACUUCACAAACUACGGAUUGCCUUUGACAAGAGAGACAGUCAUGGCACAGCUCAAGGCUACAAAGCCUGAGAUCUUUCACUGUGUUCCUUACGUUAUCAAGUUGCUUGCUGAGAGUGAAGAGGGCAUUCAGAUGCUGGCUGAUAUGAAGCUUGUGCUUUAUGCGGGAAGUGGAUGUCCUGACGAUCUCGGUGAUCGACUAGUCGAGAGAGGCGUUAAUCUCUGCGGAAACUACGGAGCCACCGAAACUGGUAGACUCGCUACUUCUGCUCGUCCCGAAGGUGACAAGGCAUGGAACUACAUCCGUGUCCUCCCUCCAGCAGAACCCUACACCAUCUUCGACGAGGUUGCCCCGGGCCUUUUCGAAUGCGUCGCUUUAGAUGGCCUCCCAUCAAAGAGCACUACCAACUCAGACAACCCACCUGGAUCUUUCCGCACACGAGAUCUGUUCACCCAACAUCCUACAAGGCCUAACCUCUGGAAAUUCGCUUGCCGUUUAGAUGAUCGUUUCACUCUUAUCAAUGGCGAAAAGGUCCUUCCCAUUCCCAUUGAAGGCCGCAUUCGACAAGAGGAAAUUGUCAAGGAAGCUAUUGUCUUUGGCGAUGGGAGAACGUACCCUGGUAUUUUGAUCGUCAAGGCUGAUCGGGUGGCUGACAUGCCUGAUGAUGAGUUCCUCGAUGCUAUCUGGCCUUCCGUUGAAGACGCCAACUCCCGGGCGGAAUCAUUCUCACGAAUUCCCAAGGAACUUGUCGUCAUAGUACCAGCAGAUUCCGCUUACCCUCGAACAGAUAAGGGUACAUUUAUCAGAGUUCCUACAUAUCGCCAAUUCGAGAAGGAGAUUGAGGCUGCUUACAACAAAUACGAGGGUCAAGGCGACCAAGCCGGCUCGCUGACACUUGAGGGUAAAGAGCUCGAAGAUUAUCUUCUCCAGCAAUUAAAGGCCAAGUGCGGCGCAGAUCUUGAAUCGUCUGAGGCAGACUUCUUUGCCUCGGGUGUUGACAGUCUUCAAUGCAUUCAGAUGUGGAGCCUCAUCAAGCGAGAGAUCGACCUUGGUGGUAGACAAUCUGAGCUAGGACAGAAUGUUCUUUACGAGACUGGUAAUGUUAAGUUACUGGCUCGUCAACUCGAGAGGCUGAGAAGUGGUGCGGAUGAUGAGACACAGGAUCAGCUAAAGGUUAUGGAGGGCUUGAUUGAGAGGUACUCUUCAUUUGAGCGUCAUGUCCCAGGAACUUCGCCUCAGCCUGAAAAGGAGCUUGUAUUACUAACUGGCGUGACCGGUGCUCUUGGAGCUCAUGCCCUCGCCCAACUCACAGCUCGGCCCAAUGUUGGAGCAGUAUGGGCUUUAGUCCGAGCCGCCAGCGACACUGCAGCCACCGAAAGACUUUACAGUUCUCUCCAAGCUCGUGGUCUAUCACUCAACGAAGAGCAACGAAGCAAAGUCCUCGCACUUCCCUGCGAUCUCAGCCGUCCCGACCUCGGCCUCAGCGAAUCCCACAUCUCCGAGCUGCGUACCAAACUCACAACCAUAAUCCACAGCGCCUGGGCCGUCAACUUCAACAUCUCCGUCCAAUCCUUCGAAGACCAACACAUCAAGGCAGUCCACAAUCUAAUCCAACUAAGUCUCUCCGUGCAAACACCCAAGCCCGCACGGUUCUUCUUCUGCUCUUCUGUUUCAUCAGCGGGAGGAUCACCGCGCCCUGGAAAGGUUCUUGAAGCGCAGGUUCCUUCACCUGCACAUGCUCAACAUACUGGCUAUGCGCGGUCGAAGUAUGUUGCUGAGCAUAUUACUGGUAAUGCUUGUAAGAAUGCUGGUGCGGUGGCGAGGGUUUUGAGAUUGGGACAGUUGGUUGGUGAUACUAAGGUUGGGGAGUGGAAUACCACUGAGGGAAUUCCUUUGAUGAUUCAGACGGCUGUUACGCUUGGUGCUUUACCAGCUUUGAACGAGGAAAUGACCUGGCUGCCGGUCGAUCUCGCUGCUUCAACGAUCCUCGACCUCGCCAACCUCGGCGCACAAUCACCCUCAGACCGCUCUUCCGAUCCUGAUCUCGUCUAUCAUAUCCUCAACCCCGUUCGCUUUCACUGGACGAACGAUAUGCUUCCAUCCAUGACAAAAGCAGGUUUCAAGUUCGAGACCCUCCCUACAGACCAAUGGAUGGAGCGUCUUCGCAACUCAGACCGCGAUCCCGCGAAGAAUCCUCCUAUCAAGCUCCUAGAUUGGUUUGAGGGUAAGUAUGGCAACAAGGCUGCUUCAUCGGCGGAGAAAGGACCGUUGGAUUAUCUUACGGAUAAGUCGCGGGAGGAUAGUGAUACGUUGAGAAAUGUGCCGGAUGUCACGAAUGUGGAGUAUGUAAAGAUGAUGCUUGGACGGUUGCAAGCACGUUGGGCAGAGAAGGUUUGA